AUGUUAUUCCAUCCUUCCCUCGCCAUUGUAGCGCUGCUGCAAUUUGCUCUUCCUGCCUCUGCCACAUUCUACUACUGCGAGGGCGCACUUAUAGGUGGCGGUUGUCCUGAUGGUUUCGGAACCAAGACGAGCACAUUUGUCCAGGCUGCAAGAAAGGGUGCUUUGGAGGAAAUGUGCCAGACUUGGGUGCAAAUUGCUGCCAGCAGCCGGACGGAACCCUCCACGUCUUUUGUUUCCGCACUGGAGUAG